AUGUCCUCUGCAUUCGUCGCUCCAAGCCAGCAGCGCUACCUACGCGCCUGCAUGGUAUGCUCCAUCGUUCAGACCUACGCACGCUUCCGUGAUGAGGGAUGCCCCAACUGCGAAGAGUUCCUCCACCUCCAAGGCUCCCAGGACCAGAUCGAGGGCUGCACGUCCCAGGUGUUCGAGGGGGUCAUCACCCUCGCCGACCCGUCCAAGAGCUGGGUGGCCAAGUGGCAGCGUCUGGACAAUUACAUCCCGGGCAUGUACGCCAUCAAGGUCUCUGGUCAGUUGCCUGAUGAGGUGCGGUCCACCAUCGAGGAGGAGUAUAGGAUACAGUAUAUCCCGAGAGAUGGAAGUGAGGCCGAGGUGGAUCAGUAA